GAGACACAUUCUGCUAUGCUGCAUACACCUCUCCGCUCGUUGCGCUCGGCGUCCGUGCGACCUCGGUCCACAUACAUUUCGCGACAUUGUCUUUCGAAACCACCAUUUCGUAGUUAUUCAACGCCUAACCCGUCACCAAACAAACCUGCCCAUCCCGACGAUGUUUCUGUGAAGCCGAACUCUCCGGAUCCUCCUUCGAACAGUUCGUCAGGAAACCCCAGUUCUACGGUCUCUACGGAUGAAGCUAUUGCAGCUGCAUCUGGUUUGUCUAAGGAAGAAUCUAUUCAGUUGGAGAAGCUGAAGCAGGUAAUUCGCGAAUGGACUGAGACGACGUCACGGACGAUUCGGAAACAAGCCGAUGCGUACACGGCUCGUGCUGCUUCGACUUUCGCUCAGCUUGGAAGUGAGCUAAACAAAGUCACUGGAUAUGAAGAAAUUGAGACAUUGAAGAAACGAGUGAGGGAACAGGAGGAACGAAUCGAUGCUGCUCGUCGGGGUGCCAAAGUCGCGAAGGAAGAAUACGAAAAAGCUGUUCUCCAACGUACCAACUCCCAAAAGGAAGUCAACGACCUGCUACAACGAAAGUCUUCAUGGACAGACGAGGACGUUCUUCGUUUCACCGCUCUCGUCCGACAGGACCAUCUAUUCGAACAAUCAGAGGCUCGUGCAAAGGCUGCCACCGCUCAAACUGAAGCCGAGGUUGAACGCGAGUUCAGCGAACUCAUGCGAGUCAUCCUAUAUCGAUACCACGAAGAACAAGUGUGGUCGGACAAGAUUCGGAGUGUAUCUACAUAUGGAUCGCUCACGGCCCUCGCGCUGAACUUGCUCGUCUUCAUAUCGGCCAUUCUAUUCGUAGAGCCGUGGAAGAGAAAGAAACUGGCACAGACGUUCGAAAAGAAGGUGGAAGAGAUGACUACGGAGACUCUGACUGCAUUCGAGGACAGGACACAAAGUCUUGACUCGAGGCUAGAAAAGCAGAAUGAGGCGAUAGGCAGGAUCUUGGAAACGGUGUACUAUGUGACGCAGCCAUCGGCGAUUGAGGAGGCGAGACAAGGACCAGCAGAAGGGGAGGAGCUUCUGACGCCUCCGACGGAGACACCAAAGGGUACCUAUUAUGAUAUCUGGGCAACAGAUCCCCAGUGGCUGAUAGCAGCGACCGCGACGACCGCUGCGAUGUUGGGUUGGCUUGCAAGGGGUUGGUUGGGUCCUUAAAGCUAGACGGUUGAACAAUAUUGCUCUUGCUAUCAUACCUGCCAUCAUGUACACUAUUACCCGCAUCACUCAAAGAUAUAAGAACUAAAAUCCCUUGAGCUAGCACCGUUACGAUUGCUACAACUGUCAUCAUAUAUACAGUAUACGGAUACUAUGCUAUUCCCAGCAU